GGCAUAACCCCUGAAACUGAUAGGGCUGCCCUCGGGGCCUAUAACGAUGCGGCCCUCGAGGACCACAUUCUCCGCUCCUCCCUUUCUGCUUGUCUAGCCCUCGGUGAACAUGCCCGGAGGCUUCAAGAAUGGCGCCUCCAUAAAGCAGAGCAGGAUGCCAAGAUGAAGGAAUGCAUCCUCAAAAAUAAAGAGGCGGUGAAGCUGGGGGCUAGGCUGGAAGAGGAGCUUCGGCAAAUGGAGCUGAGAUUGGAGGCCGCAGAGAAGGGCAAGGCUGAUGCUGAGGCCGCUGCUGAGGAGGCCAGGAGAGCUGCCAAAGAGGCCGAGGACUCCAAGGCGCUAGCCGUCGCCAAGGCUCGGGAGGAAGCCGUUGAUGCCUUCGUCGCCGAGGGCUGGAGGGCCGAGGGACGCAAGAUGUGGCUGUCCUCGGUCGUGGAGGCAUACGUCGAGGAAUGGGCCGAGGGACCCGGGUGGGAAUGGAUGGCCCGGAAGGGCAGAGAAUAUUAUGAGGCCGGCGAAUUCUUCACCCAGGCCCUCAUCUACCGGAGGAUGGCUCGGCAUUUGGGCAUUGAGCAAAAGGAUUUCUCCCCCUCGGCGUAUGGCCUUCCUCC